UCUUGACAUAUUGUGUCCCUUUCCGAAGCGCCGUACUCGAGGGAGACGGUUGUCGCGCUGUCAGGUGGUGACGUCAGGCGCGAGGGGGGCAUCGUGGUGCCCCGCGGCUCGCCGGCAGUGUUCGGCUAACCGCCACACCGAGUGGACGGGCACACAAUGCGUGCACGGUGAAAAAACAAUCGCGAUGCUGUUCGAGAGUCCCAACGCGAAACUGUUUCCGGCGUUCAACAUCCCGCCGCCCGUGAGGCUCAGCGGUGCGCUGGGCGGCGUGGAAGUGCUGGAAGGCGGAUUGGUGGGAGGAGAGCUGACUGCUCACGUGCUGAGCGCGCAGGCCGCCGCACACGCCGCAGCGACUGCGGCCGCGGCGGCGCAUCAACAACAACAAAUUGCUGUACAACAAAUCAAAACAUCACCGUCUUCCGGACGGUCAACCCCAGUGAACACGGCGGGCAACAGCGGGGCUGCCUCAACAGGCACCACAUCACCGUCCCCCAGCAAGCUGUUUGUUGGGGGUCUUAGCUGGCAGACGAGCUCGGAGAAGCUGCGGGAGUAUUUCGCUAUGUUUGGACCCGUCUCUGAUGUGCUCAUCAUGAAGGAUCCUGUCACACAGCGGUCGCGCGGCUUCGGCUUUAUUACGUUCCAGGAGGCGGCCUCCGUGGACAAGGUGCUGGCCGUGCCCGUGCACACGCUCGACGGCAAGCGCAUAGACCCCAAGCACGCCACGCCCAAGUCCGCGCCGCGCCCCGCCAAGACCAAGAAGAUAUUCGUCGGCGGCGUCGGACAGGACACGUCCGCCGAUGAGGUCCGCGCCUACUUCUCUCAGUUCGGUCUUGUAGAGGACGCUGUGAUGCUGAUGGACCAACAGACGAAGCGGCACCGCGGCUUCGGCUUCGUCACCUUCCACUCGGAGGAGGCGGUGGAGCGCGUGUGCGACAUACACUUUCAUACCAUCAAGAACAAGAAGGUGGAGUGCAAGCGCGCCCAGCCCAAGGAGGCGGUCGCCGCCGCACCUCUCGCCAUCGGCAAGCGGCUCGUGCUGCGCCCCGGCCGCGGCCUGGUGUACGGCGGUGUCGGUGCCGUGCCCACCGUGGGCGCGGUGGGCGCCGUGGGCGUAGGCGCGCACGCGUACCGCUACGCGCCGUACGCGCUGCCCACGCCGGGCGCGAUCGUGGCGCCGCCGACGCCCGCGCCCACGCCCACGCUGCCGCAGUUCGGCGCGGCGUACUCGCUGGCGGGCGUGGACAUGUCGUCGUUCCAGGGCGUGGACUGGAGCGCCAUGUACGGCCUGCCUAUGUACAUCUAAGCGGCCUCUGUACAUCUCCGGAAGCCCCACACCCGCCUAAAGAGGUUAGGUUGAAGCAGCUUUUUAAUUUGUUUUCUCUUAAUAGUUCCUACGUACUGUCGGAGUGAGGGUCGCGUCUUGCCGGACCGAGAGCCGCACGACAAUUAUCAGUAUUCGGCGUUCAUCGGCGUAGGUUUAAGUCAAUUUUUUGAACUCGACAAGCAAUAUAUGGCCCCCGUCUCGGGACCGCAGGCAAAGAUACGCAUUUCUUUUUUUAUUAAAAAUUAAUAUAAGGCGAAGAUCUCAGAUAAUAUUAUAGUUUGAGCUGAAGGAAAGUAAUUUUUUCGUGUAUCUGUCUUGGAUUUAACGGUAGUUUGUAGUGCACGAUCGUUGGUCAUUAAUUAUUAUUAUUUAUAAAUUGUAUACUCGAUGAAUCUCAUGCAGCUCUGUAUUUUUUUUUCGUAAUAUAAUGUGUGCACUGCCCUCGGACGCCAUCUGACGCUCUUGACGUCAACAACGUCAGUAUACAUGUUUGAUGCCAUAUUAUUGAGACGAGUUAAUUGUGCCAAAUCACAUUUAUUGCAUUGCAUUGUAAUUGAAUCGAAGACAACGACGUUAAAUACAAAAUUUCCAGUUAAAAUGUUAUUCUCAACUUUUAAAACAUGAUACGAGACAAGUCCAAGUUCGAUUACUAACUUAAAUUAUCCCCAGUUUUGAAUACCUUUUCACAAUUUGGACUAAAUAAACAUGAUAGGCUCGAAUUUAUUGCUAAAAUUAUCAAUUACUUGGCGACGCGUCACAAGGCAGAAGAGGGUCAGUCAUUUUACGAUACUCUCCAUACAUAUCUAACUCGAGUGGAAAGCAAUCUCAUAUAGCAUUAUUUAUGACUUGGUAGUUUUAUUAUAGCGCUGUCCUAAAAUAUCGACUCGGUGACUCUCGUAUUAAACGAAUCGUGAAAAAAUUUUACAAGUUUCGAAAUGUGGGUACUUUUAUAAUUACAUAUAAACUAUAAUCAGAGGCUAAAUAACGAGAGUGAACGAGUCGGAAAUGGACGGGACCUUAGUAUUUACUUAUAAUUGAUUAGUAUAGCUGUUGAGGGAAUGCAAACUAACACCAGAAUGUCUCGUGACAAUAAGCUAAGUUUAAGCCGCUGUAGAUUGUCGCGUCACUUUGCCUGGGCCCAAAUCUCGCUCACCAUUUUGUAUUAUAGUUGUUUUCUUAUACGAUAUUUUGAUGUAGUUUAGUUUGGUACAAUUGGUAUGUUGGGUUUUCGAUUCUCCGCCUCUCCUUGGGUUCAGUGCAUGUUAUUUGUGUAUAAUGAAAGUGCCAACUGUAGUCGUAUUAGAUUGCUAAUUAACUUUACACAAGUUUGAUUGGUAAAGAUAUUUUGGAUCGCAACGCCUAAGCUCUCUUUACUCAUAUUUAUUUAUAAUCAACGUAGUGUUAGAUAUAAUUAUAUGAUAUACUCUUAAAAGCAAUACUUAAUACUUACACACUGUGAUUAGACAAGUAUUAUACUAUAAUUAUAAAUAAAAGACGUUUUAUGGUUGUGUUCGUGCAAUUUGUAGAUUUAAGUCGAAAUUUUCUCGGACAAGGUCCUACAGUAUUUUUGAAUAUUUCGUGGUAAAUUUUCGGGUCUCUGAAGUACUUAAUUUAGUAUCGUACUUAAAAAAAAAUCUUCCGAUACUUUCAGUUAAUUUUAUUGUACUUAACUUGUA